AUGUCAUCAGAACUGCCACCAGAAGGUCCACAGGUGCCAGUGGAAAAUACCAUGCCCCCUGAAGUUCCAGAGGUGCAGGGCGAGGUGAAGUCAAGUGACAGUCCAGUAGAGAGACUGGAGGCAGGCUCCGACCAGGAAGAAUGUCUCGAACCUAUGUCCAAGAGGCAAAGGAAGAAGCUAUUGAAGCAGAAACAGUGGGAAGAACAGAAAGAUAUGCGGAGGCAGAAACGAAAAGAAAAACGCCAGAAGAGAAAACUAGAACGUCAGUCAAAAUUGGACUCCAGUAACGAAGGGAAUGACGGAAAGCGUAUGCGAAGGGAAGCUGUUCCCAGUACGCUCCGCCUCAUUGUGGACUGCAGCUUUGAUGAUCUGAUGGUGCUAAAGGAUGUUAAGAAGCUUCACAAGCAAAUUCAGAGAUGCUAUUCAGAAAACCGCAAAGCAUUUCAUCCUGUUCAGUUUUACUUGACCAGCCACGGGGGACAGUUGAAGAGCAACAUGAAUGAAAAUGAUAAAGGAUGGGUGAACUGGAAGGAUAUCCAAAUUAGAGCAGAGCACUACAGUGAGCUAAUAAAGAAAGAAGACCUGGUCUAUCUUACCUCAGAUUCCCCGAACGUUCUCAGUGAGCUUGAUGAGAAGAAAGCCUAUGUGAUUGGAGGGCUGGUGGAUCACAAUCACCACAAGGGAAUUACUUACAAAAAAGCUGUAGAGCAGGGAGUUGGUCAUGCACAGCUCCCGCUUGGAAACUUUGUCAAGAUGAACAGUCGGAAAGUGUUAGCUGUCAAUCAUGUGUUUGAGAUCAUCCUUGCAUACCUAGAGAAGAGAGACUGGAAGGAUGCCUUUUUCAGUGUCUUGCCACAACGGAAAGGGGCUGUUCCUUUGAGAGAAGCCAGUGAUUUAUCCAAACAUGCUCUGUCUGGAAAAGAAGAUGAAGACAAUGACUCAGACAGCAACUAG